UUAUUGUUUUGUCGGAGACGCUUUUAAAUCACCGUGUGAAUUAUUGGUCUCCACUAAAUCUUGAAUUAUUCAAUCUUCCCAAGUGGCUGCAACUUGCAAGUUUGACAAGAAUGGAUGCAUCUCUUAAACAUUUUACUAAAACACUUAUCCUGAUUCCUGGCUAAUAGCUUUUAUGUAAUACAAUGAAGUUGGCUACCAUCAUUCUCUUUUGCUGCAUUUUAUCCUCUACUUUGAUGAACUCCAGGGCAGGAGACACCAUCUCAGCAAAUCAGGGUUUUCGAGACGGUGACACUGUCACAUCUGCUGGGGGGGAAUUCGAACUGGGAUUUUUCAGCCCAGGCAGUUCGACGAACCGAUAUCUGGGUAUAUGGUACAAGAAAAUCUCAAGAGGGACUGUUGUAUGGGUUGCUAAUAGAGAUGUUCCUGUUAUGAAUACCUCAGGCUUAGUACAGGUGAAUCGAAAGGGAAUUUUAUUGCAAGCGGUGGAUAGUAGUGCUGGUGUAAUUUGGUCGUGGAGUUCGCGUAGAGCAAUGAAUAAUCCUGUUGUGCAGUUAUUAGAUACUGGGAAUUUGGUUCUAAGGGAUGCAGAUAACAAUUUAGUGUGGCAGAGCUUUGAUUACCCUGGGGACAAUUUGUUACCCGGCAUGAAGCUUGGAAUAGACCUGGUUACGGGUCUCAACAGGAUUUAUUCGUCGUGGAAAAGCGUUGUUGAUCCGUCUGUUGGUAGUUUUAGCAACCGUGUUGAUCCUAAUGGUUUUCCACAAUAUGUUCUGACCAAAGGUUCAGUGAUUUGGUCCAGGACUGGACUGUGGAAUGGUUAUAAAUUUGAAGGCCUUCCCAACAGGAACCCGAAUGGAAUUUUUAAAGAUGAGUUUGUUUUUAACAAAAGGGAAAUUUAUUAUAGGUUUGUUCUUAUCAAUACAACUUCUGCUAUAAUGAGGUUCGUGCUGACUCCUACAGGGGAUUCUAAGCUUCUUGUGUGGAAUGAUCAGCAACAAAUCUGGAUGGUUUACCUUAGUCUGCAGGACAGUGAUUGUGAUCGUUAUGGACUGUGUGGUGGCUAUGGAAUAUGUAAUAUAAACAAAACUCCAAGAUGUGAAUGCUUGAGAGGCUUUGUACCGAAAUUCCAGGAGAAGUGGAAGGCGGCAGAUUGGUCUAGUGGAUGCAUCCGCAGAACUAAUCUUGUCUGUGGGACUGAUGAGGGUUUUGUGAAAUAUUCGGGUGUGAAGUUACCUGAUACACGUCAUUCUUGGUAUAACACGAAUAUGAACCUUCAAGAAUGUGAGAAAUUGUGCCUGAAAAACUGUUCGUGUACAGCUUUUGCAAAUGCAGAUGUUAGAAGAGGUGGACAUGUAUGUGUGUUAUGGUUUACUGAGCUAAUUGAUAUUAGAGACUACUCUGAAGAUGGACAAGAUAUAUAUGUAAGAAUGCCAUCGUCUGAAUUAGUAAAGAGUCGCAGAGCAGAGUGGAUGCUAGAGUUCAUCCUCAUUUUAGCCAUACUAGCAGUAGUACUACUUGGAGGAAUAUUUCUUCUAAUAUACAAGAAGAAAAAGAUGCAGAAAGAAGAAAGCUUCAAACUGAAUUUGGAAAGUGUUGCCUUGACAAAAAUUGAGAAUGAAGAUCUGGAGUUGCCAUUAUUUGACUUCAGAAGCAUUGCAAAUGCCACGAGUAACUUCUGCCCAGACAACAUACUUGGAGAGGGUGGCUUUGGACCUGUAUACAAGGGCAAGCUGACUGAUGGACUAGAAAUAGCGGUGAAAAGGCUUUCAAGAAACUCAAGUCAAGGACUAGAUGAGUUUAAAAAUGAAGUUUCAUGUAUUGCCAAACUUCAGCACAGAAAUCUGGUGACACUUCUUGGUUGCUGCACAGAGAAAGGAGAAAGGAUAUUGAUAUACGAAUAUAUGGCCAACAAAAGUCUAGAUUCAUUCAUUUUUGAUAAUAACGUCAGAAACGCUCUGGACUGGCCGAAGCUAUACAACAUAAUAAAUGGCAUUGCUAGAGGACUUCUGUAUCUUCACCAAGAUUCAAAGCUAAGGAUCAUACAUAGAGAUCUCAAAGCCAGUAACAUAUUACUUGAUCAUGAUAUGAAUCCAAAGAUUUCAGACUUUGGCAUGGCAAGAAGUUUUGGAGGCAAUGAAACUGAAGCUAAUACAUCAAGGGUUGUUGGGACAUAUGGUUACAUGUCCCCGGAGUAUGCUAUUGAUGGACAAUUUUCUGUUAAAUCAGAUGUAUAUAGUUUUGGCGUUUUACUGGUAGAGAUAGUAAGUGGAGUGAAAAACAGAUUAUUCAGUCAUCCUGAUCACAGCUUAAACCUUCUGGGGCAUGCAUGGAUGAGUUACAAACAAGACAAACUGUUGGCACUCAUUAAUGGCGUGAUCUUGGAGCCCCGUGACUAUCAUGAAGUCUUUCGAGUCAUACAAAUAGGAUUAUUGUGCGUUCAACAUAAUCCAAAGGACCGGCCAGUGAUGUCACAGGUGGUUCUAAUGUUAAACAGUAAUAUGAAACUGCAUGAUCCUAAGCAACCUGGUUUUUUCAUGGAGAGAUAUUUGCUUGAAUCAGAUGAAUAUUUAAGCAACCCUAAUCUGUCAUCAUCCAACCAAUUAACAAUCACCACUCUCCUACCUCGAGAAUAGUGUGAUCAUUUGGCUCUUCAGGUUAGCUAAUAAAGAAAGUAACUGCUACUGCUGCUUCUUUCUUGCUUCAAAGGGGGGCUUCCAUUCAACAACGCAGACUAAAAGUGCCCUUCGAAUCAUGCUGGAUAGUCACUCAUCACACGGCUCUCAAAACCAACCUGUGGUGUAUCCCGGGAUAAAAAGUAAAUUUGAUCCUUUGCCUAAUACUUUGAUAUCAUGCUAUCUUCACCAGAGUGAUAAUUCAGCUAUGCCAGGACUGAGGGUGUCGAUAUGGCAAGUCUGGAGUCAGUUGAUCAGAUCCCUUUCUAUCAGCAUUCUUGGUGCCAUGGAAGCUAAGUCACACUGUAGAGCCUGCUUUGACUAGCUGUUCAGGGCAAUUGGUUUUUGAGGAGGUGUGCCCCUGCCUUCACUGUGAGGUUUCUUCUUAAUAAAGUAGCUGGGCUACCUUGCGUCAGUGAGAACUUACCUACCCUGUUUCCAAGCUUGGGAAAACAAUAGUUGGAAAACUCAUCACCUAGGAAUGCUCUUCGUCCCUCAGACGAGAAAGUCCAACAAUGUGCUAGCAAGUAACUUAUAAAUAUAAUUAAAGAUAGUGUCCCCUAGUGAUCAAUGAUAUUCCAAGUGUGCCUUAUUCUUGUGACUUUGUAAACUGAUGAUCAAGUGUUUUUAAGUAUUUCCAUUAGAGCAAAUUGUUACUGUAUUUUUUAGUAUUACAACUUUUUGAAUGAAUGGCAAUUAAGUAGGACUCAGAUAUAAUAUUUUGAACAUUACUACUA